AUGGCCGACGCUGCGAUUGACCCCGAUUUGAACGCCUCAAGCACCUUUGACGCAACUUAUCUCAAGCUUCCCCACAUCGAGGGGCUCAUCAAGACAUACGAAGAUGUUCCCAAUGCAGUGAACUUGUGCCUGUUAGUCUCAAGCCUGCUGGGUUUCGCCUUCGACCCCAAGCACGGCUGGGAUCUCAAGUACGACCAAGAUGAGAAAAACAACCACACCAACUUCUACCUUGUCAAGGUCGAAGAGAAGCCCAACGAACAAGUCAGAACUCUCCACACCGUGAUCAAAGUCAUUCUCAAUCCCGAUGACCCUUUCAUGGAAAGAUGGGACCAUACCAUCGCCGGCCUGGAGACCGCUCCAAUGCUUGGCAACCGUUGCUGGGCUAUUCUCAUCCGUGGCCUCGAAGUCAAACUCACUGAGUACCACCGUGAUCAGGAGCCCGGUUUGCGUGAGAUCCCAUGUGACUUCACGAUCGAUGGACAGCUUCACGAGACUGUUCACAUUCGCAACAACCCCGCGCAAGUGAAUUGCAUUCUUAAACGCCUGCCUGAUCAGUGGCCACAGGAGUUGACCGAGCUUGAGCGUGUCCGCAUGACCAAUCAGGCUAGAAUUGCCAAGGCUAAGACUGAUGGCACCGCUCUGUCUGAUGAAAGUUCGGAGCCUGCCUCUGCAGCGCCUAUCAGCGAAGCCGGCGAAGUCGCGGCCUCCACAAAGUCCAUCAACAUCAAUAAUGCCGCAGAGACUGUUGAAGCUGCUGCAGAUGACAAGGAUUUGACUUUUGAUCCCAUCGCAACCCAGUCCGUGGUUGAUCCCAAGGUCGGCAUUUUCAAGCACCCAGACCAACCCUCGGUCAGCAAGAUGGCCAGUCAAAUGCAAGGUCUUGAGAUUGAACCUAAGGAAGAUCCAGCCAGACACGGAAAGAAGGCACAGCAUGAAGUGAAUGGCACCGAUCGCCAGAUGACCUCCAAGCCGAAGAUCGCCUCUAGCGAGCGCCCGGCGCAUGGCGGCAAGGCACCUCACCAGGCCAAGGUUUCGUCAAAAAGUGUUGCUCCGAAAAGGGUAGGCCCACAAGGACCUCGGGGUCAACCCAGCAAGCCUCAGGUUGCCAUUGAGGUCAAAGUCACCGCCAAUGCCGCGAGCAAGGGGAGCUUGAUUGGCCAGGCCCAGGCUAACACCUCGUCGUCUCGUGUUCCGAAAGAAACUGGAACCAAGAAAUAG